ACCUCCUAGGCCGACUUUCAGCCUUUGUCCUUCGUUCAUCCACUAUUAAACCUCAGGACAAGAGAACAUAAAUUUAUUGGUAGCAUGCAGAACGAAUAGAAUUACUACUGGAUAUUACCAACGUAAGAGAAUAUGUUGGUCUCUCGAGAUACUCUCAAGAAUGGUGGAAGCAAAGAACGGGAACUACCCAGGCGGGAUGACUUAAAAGAUUACAAUUACGCAGUCGCUGGACAUGCUGGGACCAUGUGCGACGCGGAUGGAGAGCUGUUUAUCAAGCCGUGUACGCAGUCUGAAGUCGAAUUCUACGAAUCAGCGCACGCACUGCAUCCCGAUUUUGCAGAACUUAUGCCUAUGUAUAUAGGCACCUUAUCCCUCAACAACUCUACCGAUCAGGCUACGAUACACGCGCAAAUACCGAACCUCGUUGAGCAUGCAGACAUCCCCUUUUCCAUGAAGGAGGAAAUCCAAUCGCAUCUACACCUUGAUGAUCGCACACCCGUAAUCGAAGCGCCUGUUGAAAACCCAGUUAUAUCUGACAAUAUUAAAUGGGUCCCUAACAAAACGCGGAAGAUUGCGACGGAUCGGGCAGUGGUGCUAGAGAACGCCUCUUUUGGCUUUAAGAAGCCUAAUAUUAUGGACGCGAAGUUGGGCGUCCGAUUAUGGGCUAAUGACGCGCCCUUAGAAAAGAAGGCACGAUUCGACAAAAUCACCGAGGAGACAACUCAUAAGAAAUUCGGCUUUCGCGUGGCAGGAAUGAGAGUAUACAAUGGAUCCACUGACGAAUCGGAAUUGGAUAAGGAAGGAUUCAAGAUCUAUGACAAAGACUGGGGAAGAUAUACCGUGAAUGAGGCCAACAUAGCUGACUCAUGUAAAAAGUUCAUUUUCAACGAAGCUGCUGGCAUCGACGAAGAACUUGGCAAGACCGUUGCCGGACUAUUCGCGCAAGAUCUACGAAGAGUACAAGAGGUCCUCGAGAAGGAGGAAAGUCGGAUGUACUCUUCCAGUUUGCUCUUCGUCUUUGAGGGCGAUGGCACGGCACUAAGAGCAGCUAUCGAAGAAUUGAGGGCCGACGCUGCCAUACCAACAGAAAAAAGAGGCGCUACGCGAGGCCCUGUCUCUAACCUUAGAGUGGAUAGUGGCAUAGGCAUGAACGAAGAAGACCUCAUCGAGACCGCGACUUUGGAAGACUUUGACGAACUAGAAGAUGACUCGGACGAGGAAUCGAGUCUUCCAAACAUAUAUUCCGUGAAGCUGAUCGAUUUCGCACAUGCAGCAUGGGAACCGGGCCAGGGGCCAGACGAAAACGUGCUUCUUGGCGUCAGGAGUCUCGCGAAGAUCUUUGAGGAUAUGUCGGAGUCAUAGACUCGGGUAAGAGGGGACUAGAAUCCGGAAUAGAGUCGUGUAGACGACCCGGAAGAU